AUGUACCGCUCAGAGGAUCUAACUGAUUUCCAACCAACAUUGGAGGGUGGUCUACUGUAUGGAACCGACUUCUCAGAGUAUCCAUAUCCAUUUGGAAUCAUUAGCAACAAGCCAAACUCUGGUCUAUUCAAGUACAAGUAUACAUAUGCCUUCCCUGUCGAUCUGGCCAACUCCACCGAUAUGAACGCACUUAACAUGUACAUCCUAUACUGCGCCAACAGUCCAGAUUAUGGUACAUUCUGGCAAUAUCUUGGUCCAUAUCCAAUCGCAUCCACAUCGAUAUCAUUGCCCACGAUCAACUUGAAGAUGUUAAGUUCAGAUUCAUUCAUUGUGAGGCUAAGGAUUAGAACGAGUGGACAUGCAUUCCAGUUUGCUAAACUAUAUGGUGAUGAGAUCACCGCCACUCACUUGAUUCAGGGUACAAAUACUGAUGGAUGGUAUGAGAGGGAGUUCUCGGUGGUGGACUACAUCUUGAACCCAGUGGCAGCACCAUACUUCCAAUCAUUCAGUGGCCGCAACGCAACUAUACAAUACGAUUUUGUUGUCAACAUCAACUUUGACAUGUUCCCAUCGGUACCAACAAUGAUGGUGGUCCCAGCUGACUUUUCAUCAUUCCAAUUCCAACCAAGUUAUAUUGAUGUGACCAAUGGACCUCGGGAUGUAGUCCUAACAUUUGGUCUCAAGUCAUCAUAUCCAACAUCAAUGAUACAACCCUACCUGUACAUUGAUCAGUUUGAAGAGUCCAUACUCCCACUCAACAGGUCACACCUCCUGCCCGCCACCUACGACGUUGUCUCACAGACCUACUCGAUCUCCUUUACCGUUCGCGAGAAGCUCUUCACAAGGGCACUGGCCUAUCGACUGUUCAUUGGUGGAGCAUGCUUGAGACCAAAGUACUUGUCAACUAGCAAGUUGAUCCAGAACAAUGCCUUCCUCCAAGUGUACUCAGAGUACGCAGACGAGAUGGGUCCGAUUGUGUCCAGUUUGAUACCAAAGAUGGGCACUGUCGUCGUGUCCUCCUCGUUGCCCGUCAACUGGGUAGAGUUAGGUUGGUCAGUAACAAUCGAUGACUAUCCAGCGGGAUUCAGUCAUGGAUUGGCAGUGAUCAGAUCGGACAUUGACAAUGAACCACGCAACAUAUCAUUCACAUUACUGGACGCCAUCAGUGGAGACAAGUAUCAAUCAACAUACCGCUUGAUGUUCAAUAUUAGCACAACAUGUACCAGUCAGUCAUUCUAUCCCAGUCUGGAACUAUAUGACACACUUGGCAACAUGGCCACCAACCUACGAUCGACCAAGGACAACUCCCCAUACAUCACGCCAUUCUACAAACUGGAUAGUCCAUUCCGUAUUGAUCGAUCUAUUGUUGUCAAUUGCACUGGUUCCAAUGAUACGGUGGCGCCAUCGAUCAUGACCCUCGACCUACAACCAUACACUGUUGAUGUUGGAAGUAAUGAUCGAAAAUUCCAAGUCAACAUCACCGUGGCCGACUCUGGAAGUGGGAUAUCAACACGUCACUGUCCAUACCUCUAUGUCCAGACGUUGAGGACCAAGUACAUACGAUUCCAAUCACAAUACUCUGGAAGGGUGGGAUCAUACUACGUGUUCACAGUCAAUGGCGAACUACCAUUUGGAUUUGGUGUCAACUCUGCAUUCCUCUCUGUGUUUGGCGUCGUGGACAACAUGAACAAUGUGGCUGGAUUGACUACUUGGGACCUACAGAGCUAUGAAAUGACCUACAUGAUCAAUACUACACUUGGUUUGGUCGAUCCUUACUUGUUCUCAAGUACACCAAUCACCACCAAUGGAGGAAAGAUGAUUGUGAAGGGCAGGAUACCAGCAGGUCCAUACACAUUGAGCGUCAGUGUGAUCAAUCAGACCGUCAUUCUGCCAGUGCUUAACAUCACCAACUCUGUGGUAACAUUCCAGAUGCCACCAAUGUCAUCGGUCUAUCCAAUUGUGAUCGUGCUCACAGUCAGUGGAAGAGCUUCCAACAAGCUGACUGUAAUCCCAACGCAAUACUUCACUCCCAGUCCACCCGUUCCUCCAUGCAGUGAUGACCAGUGCUCAGGUCAUGGAACAUGUCUGGCCAAUGAAUGUCAAUGCUUCCAGGGAUGGGCCGGCGCCACCUGUCUCGAUCAACCAACAGCCAACGUCACACCGCCAGUAAUCACACCUACAAAUGCCUCGUCCACUGUGAUUAUUCCCCAAGACGACAGUACCAUCACUCUGCACAUGGGAGUUGUGAGCGUUCGUGAAGUGGCCGUUGAUGGUUCCAUCGUGAAGGAACAUCCACUUGCCAACUGGACCAGACUGGUGACCGACAACAGCAACAGCAGCUACCAUCAGUUCAUUGCCAACAUAUCUGGUGAUGGUGUGUUGGUGACCACGGUCAAGGCAACCGUUCAGUUCUUCACCAACCUGACGCAGAUACCAUUUGCCGGCUCAGUCUUGACGAUGCAACCCAACACAAUCAAGUACACGAUCGAGUUGUCCGAGUACAGUUUCCAAAACAUACUCAACACGAUGCAGGUACUCAUGUCGGCGUCAGUGGCAAGCAGCCAAGACUGUUCAGCAUCGCCCGAGAGUCAGGUGGGACUCAACGCCGAUGGCAGUCUGCAGUGGGUGCGUCUGGUUGUUGGUGGCAUGACACUCUAUGGCAGAAUGUUCCAGAAGGCUGUGAUUGAUCUACGUCCAACAUAUGUGACCAGUACUCUUGCUGGCAAUGUCACACUGAACGACUCAAUCACAGCACUGGUCGCACUCAACCUACCACAUUACACCAAUACUAUUGUUUGUGAUCCAGACUUCCAAGUGUUGGUUGAUGGAGGUGCAUCAUCGACAUCUGGUGAGGAUAAAUGUGGUCUUGGAGCAAAGAACAAUAUCUCUGGUCUAAGCAAUGCAGCACUAUCUGGUAUUAUAGUUGGUGGAGUAGUAUUCUUGGCAGUAGUAAUAGGUGCCAGCAUCCUCUUAUACAAAAAUAUUCGUUAUCACAGAGAGGAGAAGAUCCUAAUGAAUCGUCUAAAUACAAACAUGUAG